AUUCAAAAUGUGGAGCAAGAAAGGGGCUGUCAUGGCGGUUAUCUCAAUCUUCAUUUUCUUCUUCUUCUUCUCUAUGAGUGCCCAAACAGAGAUUGCGCCAGAAAGUGACGCAUUAACUGCCUCAACACUCAGAUAUAAUUAUUAUGUGGAUAAAUGUGAAAGGGAUGUGGAGGAAAUAGUAUGGUCUACCAUGCACAGAAUAGUGCUAAUGCAACACAAUGCACCCGCCCAACUCUUGCGUCUUCUCUUCCAUGAUUGUUUCGUCGGGGGCUGCGAUGCAUCUGUUCUGCUUGCUGACAGUAGUAAGAAUGGAUCUGUUGAACGUGAGGCGAUCCCAAAUCGGACACUGAAAGGGUUCAAUUUCAUCGACAUGAUAAAGGAUGAAAUUGAGGAGGCAUGCUCUGGGGUCGUCUCUUGUUCUGAUAUACUUGUCCUUGCAACAAGAGAUGGCAUCAUUCUGGCUGGUGGACCAUAUUAUCCUGUGUUAACGGGCAGAAGGGACAGUACAGAGUCAUUCUUUGAUGAGGCCAUGGCUGAAAUUCCACGGCCAAAUGGGAAUAUCAGUGAAACUCUUAGGCUAUUUUCCUUAAGAGGAUUUGACGAGAGGGAAACUGUGGCUCUUCUUGGUAAUCUUUCUGUUCUCAUUACUUUAGUCUUCAGAUGUUGCAUCUUCUUGUAAUACAUUUUCUUGAUCUUUUCU